AUGGCGGAGUGUGACGACACGUACGAGGAAGCAAAGAAACCGAAAUUUGACAACCAUCAAUUCCGUGCGUUAUUUACACCGCAAAUGAACAAACUUGCUGAUAUAUUUAAACGAUAUAACUAUGAACUACGGAUUGCUGGUGGCGCUGUUAGAGAUCUACUUGGACAUAUCAUGCCACAGGAUGUUGAUCUAGCAACGACGGCAACACCUGAAGAAAUGAAAGUUAUGUUUGAAAAAGAAGGUGUUAGAAUGUUAAAUACAAAAGGAGAAAAACAUGGGACAAUAACUGCCAGAAUUAAUGAUAAAGAGAACUUUGAAGUGACAACAUUGCGAAUCGAUAAAGUGACUGAUGGCAGACAUGCAGAGGUAGAGUUUACAAAAGAUUGGGAACUAGAUGCUGAGAGAAGAGACUUGACAAUCAAUUCAAUGUUUUUAGGUUUGGAUGGUACUUUAUAUGAUUUCUUCGGUGGUCAACAAGAUCUGGCAGAAAAGAAAGUUGAAUUUGUUGGUAAUGCGGUUUCAAGAAUUCAGGAAGAUUACCUUAGAAUUCUUCGGUAUUUCAGAUUUUAUGGGAGAAUAAGUGAUAGUGAUGAUAAUCAUAAUAUCCACACAUUGAAAGCUAUUGAAGACAAUGCUGCAGGACUGGCAGAUAUAUCUGGUGAAAGAAUAUGGAUGGAACUGAAAAAGAUUUUAAUUGGUCGUCUUGCACCAAGCACAUUAAGAUGCAUGUAUCAACUUAGACUGCCACAAUACAUUGGUCUUCCUGUGGAUGGUAAUGUUGAUGAAUUUAAAUUUGUAUGGAACAGAUCACUUUCCAUGAAUCCUAAAUCAAUGACAGUCCUGUGUGCUUUAUUUAAUAAAGAAGAAGAUGUUAUAAUACUAGAUAAAAGAGUCAAACUUUCUGUUCAGGAAAGGAAGUUGGGAUUGUUCCUCGUUAGUAGUCGUCAAGAUGUAAUGGAUACUGAUGAGUUGAAACCCUUCAAGGAUAUGGUAGGACAAACCAAAGACAAACAGAUAUUCCCCAAAGUAUUAGAACUUUUAAAAUACAAAGGAAACAUUCAGUUAUAUCAAGAUUUUCAAAAAUGGGAAAUUCCAAAAUUUCCAGUUUCGGGAAAAGACCUGAUAAAUAUGGGAAUACAACCAAACAAGAAAUUUGGACGUUACAUGGAUAGACUACGAGAAGUCUGGAAAAACAGUGAUUACACAUGUACAAAAGAGAGUUUACUACAACAUGCAGAGCAGUUCAAAUCCAACUAG